GAGCUCGGGGAAGGAGGCGGCGCGCUCCUGCCGGUCCCUCCGCUUCCCCAAGCGAGCACGACCCGGGCGCGGACCGGGGAAACGGCUGGCGAAGGCGAGCGGACCACGUUAUUCCAUGGAUUCCUUUGGGCAAAUCAGACCAGAAGAUAACCAGUCAGUAGUGAGCAGAAUGCAAAAGAAAUACUGGAAAACUAAGCAGGUGUUUAUCAAAGCAACAGGAAAAAAAGAGGAUGAGCACGUGGUUGCAUCGGAUGCUGAGCUGGACGCUAAGCUUGAGGUUUUUCACUCCAUUCAAGAGACAUGCAAUGAACUUCUGAAGAUAGUUGAGAAAUACCAGCUAAGACUCAAUGUUAUAUCAGAGGAAGAAAAUGAGCUAGGGCUCUUCCUAAAGCUUCAAGCAGGACGGGAUGCAACCCAAGCUGGCAAAGUGAUGGAGGCCACUGGCAAGGCACUAUGCUCUUCAGCCCAGCAAAGACUGGCCCUGUGCACUCCUCUGUCUCGUCUCAAACAAGAAGUAGGAACAUUCAGUCAAAGGGCCGUAGCCGAUACCUGGAUGACGAUUAACCGGAUGGAGCAGGCGCGCACAGAGUAUAGAGGUGCUUUGCUGUGGAUGAAAGACGUAUCCCAAGAGCUGGAUCCAGACACCUUAAAACAAAUGGAAAAGUUCAGAAAAGUACAGGUCCAAGUGAGAAAUAGCAAAGGUUCUUUUGACAAGUUAAAGAUGGAUGUCUGUCAGAAAGUGGAUUUACUUGGAGCUAGUCGCUGCAAUAUGUUAUCUCACUCACUCACUACCUACCAGAGAACACUGCUUGGAUUCUGGGAGAAAACAGCUCGGAUGAUGUCCCAAAUCCAGGAAGCCUAUCUUCACUUUCACCCAUACGAUUUUGUAGCUCUCAAGCAACUACAAGACACUCCAGGCAAGCUUACUGCAGACCAUAAAGAACAGAUAGAAGGCAGUUUUCUUACUGACAACCUCAAUAGAGUAGUUUUGUCAGAAGGAGAAGAAGCAAAAUUCGGGAGAGAGCCAGUUGCAAAAGAUCUACCAGUAGAUUCACUGGAAGGAGAUGAUUUUGAGAAGGAAUUCUCAUUUCUGAACAGCCUCCUAAGUCCCGGUUCCUCAAGCACUAGUGAAUUUACACAAGAAUGUGAGACUUCCUGCGGGAGCCUCAGUGCCCAGCUCACACCCCAGGAGCCUUCUGUGCAAUCUGAGCCUCUGGCUUAUUCUUCUCAGUUCCUUCCCUCGCAAGUCUUUGACCUUGGCCUUCAUGCUGCUGGAUCCUUCAACAGCUGGGCCUCCCAAGAGGGAUCAGCACACACUGAUGACAUACCAGUGCCUUUACAGAGUCCAAGAAAAUUAACCAAAUCCCCCAACAAUGGUAAUCAAGACAUGUCAGCCUGGUUCAAUCUAUUUGCAGAUUUGGAUCCACUCUCAAAUCCAGAUGCCAUUGGACACUCAGAUGAUGAGCUUCUCAAUGCUUGACCGAAGUUACUUCAUUUCAGUGGCCUUGAGACAUCAAGGUUGCAACAUGCUGCCUUUGUGGAAAGGAGUUUAUAUUGUAACCCACAACAGAAGCAUGGUGUUUGUGGUUAUAACGCCUGUCAACUAAUUUUAGUCAGAUGCUCAUGACAACAUUUGAAUAUAUUAAGUAUAUAUUCAAUGUUGGAUUUGCAAGCUAGGAUAAUAUGUGGAAAUUUUUAGAAACUACUGCGUGCAAUACUCAGAUAUCAAAUUUUAUGUGUAAAUUAGCAGGAACUGGACUUGUUUCUUUUUUGGGGGCGGGAGCAGUUUCUUUAGGUGUUUGGUGUUUAAGUUACUUUGUUGGCUAUGAGAAUUCUAUGAUAUGGAUAAAAGAAUGUACGCUGGCAAUGGUUUGGAACUUUGAUUUUUUCUUUUUGAAAUAGAAUAAUGGGGUGAUUUUUUGUUGUGGAAAACAGCACAAGAACUAGGCCAGUUCUGCCUUUGGCUAGAAAGGUAGAAGACUAGAGAACUCAGUUUGCUUUAUGAAAUCAGAGAGACUGGUACAUGGUUUUCUACACGUGAGGCUAAGAUGUAAUGUCGCCUUCUAUUCAUACAAAAUCAUGGACAUUCCUCACUCCAUUAUUCAACUUUCAUGGGGGAAACAGCAGGAUGACUGAUUUGAAAGCCUAUCCUCUAGAAAUGGGAGCAAUCGUCUUUCUAGUUCAUGAACCACAAGCACAGGCAGCGACCGCUGAGGCACCGUGUGAGUCUUCAGGUUGCUUCCCCUGCGGCGCGUCAUCUUCAUGCUCUUCCCGCAAGGAAAACGAGGACAUGCCUACCUGGCACGGAUAUUCCUGAGAUCAUCCAGAAACUUCUAUCUGAAUGAAGGCACCCGUAUACAUGUUUGCAUACUUCUCAUGACUUCAGAAUAAACGUGAACUCAGAAUGCUUUCCAGCGGAUACAGAAAACUCUA